AUGUUGUCUCUUCGCACUAUCUCCCGCUCGAUCCCGCGCACUUUCUCGCGCUCCAUUGUCACAUCGGCUCUGCGCCCAGCGUUCCCCAAGCCUGCUGUCUGCCAACCCUGGAAGCAGGCCAUUAAGCCAUCCUACGCUGCUUUCUCAACCUCUAGCAUCCUCAAGGCUCCCGCAGCUGAAGGCGACAUCGACCUUCUCGCCAAGCUCGAGGAUGAGCUGAAGCACGAGAAGACAUCAGAUAUUCCCGAGUUCAAUGAGCAACAGGAAAUUAUCGACGAGAUCAUUAAGCAUGGCGAGUGGCAGGUGAAGGAUGUUCAGGGUGACCAGGAGGUCAUCCUCUCCAAGAAGUUUGGCAACGAGACCAUCCGUGUCAGUUUUACCGUCGCCGACAUCCAGAACAUCAGUGAGCAGGAGGAGUUCGAUGACUCCAGCCUGACUGAUGACCUGGACUACCAGAAUGAUAACCAGCGCAGCCAGGAGAAUGGCGCUGAGGAAUUCGAGCAGCCCGAGCCCAGCUUCCCUGCCCGCGUGAACGUCACUGUUGAGAAGCCCAACAACGGUGCUCUUCUCAUCCAGACCGUCGUUCAGGACGGUGUCUUCCAGAUCGAAGAGGUCUCCCACUUCGCCAAGGCCGAGCUUGCUCAGGCCCAGACUGCCGAGAAGGACUGGGCUCGCCAGAGCCUCUACGCUGGUCCUCCCUUCGAGAACCUCGACGAGGACCUCCAGGGCCUCUGGGACCGCUACCUCGAGGACCGCGGCCUUAAUGCCGAGUUCGCUAACAUGGUUCCUGACUACAUCUCCGUCAAGGAGCAGAAGGAGUACCUUCAUUGGUUGGAAACUGUCAAGAACUUCAUCGGUGCUUAA